UGCCUUUAAUUAUGUUCUGCAUAGCUUAUCCUCUACAUUUUUCUUUUUCCUAUAUAUGAAUUGACAUUUCUUUUCUGCUUUGCCUUGUGUAUUUCUCUUUUCUUUCUUCAUAUUAUAAGAUUAGGAGUUCACCUAUCCAAUCUCUAUCUUCAGCUGCAACUUAAAAGAUCUAUCAAUAUCAUGCCAACUUUGGCCUAAAACCUUUCGCGAUUCGAGCUUGCGUUGUUCGUAUGCUAAAUUCUUCAACCAAAUAAGGCUGCUAAGUAUCUCCACAGAUUGGUAUCAUAGGCUGCUAAGUUGUUGGAAGAGCAUGGAGCCUUAUAGUGAUUUAUCCUUGAGGAAACAGCCCAAGCCAACAUCACAGGCUUCAGGAUCGCAGCAAGGAAGUUCAAUUUAUGAUCAAGAGGUCAAAGACACCGAGUACCUUCAGAAUCUGCCUCUAUACAAAGCAGUCGAUGCUGGAGAUUGGGAGGCUGCACUGAAAUUCCUUGAAGAACAUCCUAAUGCAUUGACUGCUAGUCUCUCAGCAGAUGGGGACACAGCCCUCCAUGUUGCAGUUCUGGCAGGGCAUGAAGAGAUUGUCGAAGAGCUGGUGAAGAAGUUAGAUGCAGAGGACUUGGCAAUCAAAAACAAAAUGAAUGCUACUGCACUUAAUUAUGCAGCAAUUGGAGGGAUCACAAAGAUUGCAGAGGACUUGGUGAAAAGGAACACAGACUUGCUCACCAUUCCUAAUCAGAAUGGCCAGAUACCAGUUGUUGUUGCUUCACUUUAUGGCCAUAAAGAAAUGGUUCGGUACCUAUACAUUGAGAGUCCUAAAGAGGAGCUUAGUCCUGGAAGAGGCAAAAAUGGGAUAAUGCUUCUUACUACUUGUAUCAUUGAUGAACUUUAUGAUGUUGCUUUGGAUUUGCUUCAACUUCACCCACAAUUGGCAUUUGAUCAAGACAGUGACAAAGAUACAGCACUUGACAUGUUGGCUCAAAAACCUUCUGCAUUUCCCAGUGGAAGCGCGCUGUCUUUCUGGCAACAUUGGAUAUAUGUUUGUAUCCGUGUUCCUGAGCCUCAUCUCUCUAACAACACCAAUGGAGAUAUCGAAAGGCCUCGCAGUGGACCAACCAUACGAAGGAACAUCGUUAGGCGAGUACUUCACCAAUUGUCAGUUAUCAUUUGGAAAUGCCUGAAACCAGCAGUUCCAGGAAUCAAGCAUCUGUAUAACUUGAAGUUGACACAUGCACGAGCACAAGAGCUUUUGUGCUGCAUUUGCGAACAGUUGUCGACUCUGCAUAAGUCAGAAUUCGACAGACUUGGAGUUUAUAGAGCCAUAUUCAAUGCUGUUAAGUAUGGAAUUGUGGAGUUCAUUGAAGAGAUGAUUAAACACUAUCCUGACAUUAUAUGGUGUGAGGAUGAAUUAAAUCGAGGUAUAUUCAUGUAUGCAACCUGUCAACGCCAAGAAAAGAUUUUCAGUCUUAUUUAUAAAAUGGGUGCCAAGAAAAACUCCAUGGCAACUUCUUGGGACAAGUAUCAUAACAACAUUUUACAUCAAGCUGCAUUGCUUGCACCCUCCUCCCGGCUUGAUCUUGUCUCAGGAGCAGCAUUGCAAAUGCAAAGGGAGUUGCAGUGGUAUAAGGAAGUGGAGAGCAUUGCACAACCCAAGUACAGGGAGAUGAGGAACCUGCAACAGAAGACUCCUCGAGCUUUAUUCACAGAAUCCCACAGGAAAUUAGUGGAAGAAGGUGAGAAAUGGAUGAAGGACACAGCUGAAUCCUGCACAGUUGUGGCUGCACUUAUAGCUACCAUUAUGUUCUCUGCAAUCUUCACAGUUCCAGGAGGUUAUGAUCAGUAUGGGGAGCCUCUAUACUUGUAUCAAACUCUAUUCAUGGUUUUCAUCGUAUCUGAUGCAAUGUCUUUAUUUGCUUCAACAUCUUCAUUGCUUAUGUUUUUGGGAAUCCUGACAUCAAGAUACAGAGAAGAAGAUUUUCUCAAGUCUUUGCCAACCAAGUUGAUAAUUGGGCUUUCAUCUCUUUUCUUCUCUAUAGCAACAAUGAUGAUAACUUUUGGAGUAACUCUUGUUAUUUUUCUUCACAAGAGAAUUCAUUGGGUUUCAUUUCCAAUCAUUCUGCUUGCUAGUCUGCCUGUGACUCUUUUUGCUCUGCUGCAGUUUCCUAUUCUGGUUGAGAUUUUCUUAUCUACUUAUGGACCUGGGAUUUUUGACAAGCCUAAGAAGUGGUGGCUCUGUUGAUCAAUGUUCAUACUUAUCAACUCUUAUUGCUUUGGGUAUUUUCUGGUUUAUUUUAUGAUGAAGAAGGGAACUGUUGAUUUAUAAUUUCUUUUCUAAAUUUUGAUAAUAUAAUUGGAUACAUUUUUUUUUUUGUAUUUUAUAUUUUUCAAUACCAUAAUAAAAUUUGACGUCAUGUUAAAAUCAACUUAAAUUCAUAU